AUGUUUGCCAUAUCAAAUAUAAAUGCAAAUAAAUUGUAUGAUAUGGUAUUUUAUUUUACACCACCAAAAGGCAACAUUCAAUUACAAAAUUUCGAAACCAAUGUCGAAAAUCGUUGGUUAAUAUUUUUACAACUAUUAGAAUGUGAUGACGAUCAUUCGGAACAAGUGAAAUCAAUAUUAAAUAGUAUAACGUUCUUCGAGCAAACAUCGUGUGUUCAAGCAAAUUCUCCAUACGAUCGAAUAAGUCAUUUUGCAUUAAGAAUGAGAUUAAAAUCAGCAACAAAACAUGAAAUUGAAAAUAUAGCAAGACAAUUAUAUCAAUGGUAUAAUCGAUAUUCAUCAGUCGUAUGUAAUAAUGAUGAAAAUAAACAAUUGUUUUAUGAAUCUAUAAAAAUAUUAAUAAAUGGAAUUAUAUCUCUUGAUAAAAAACAAUUUCCAAACAAUGAAAAACCAUGUUUAAUUGAAAAAGAAUUUUAUCGACGACUUGUUCAUUUAACAUUUAUCAAUGAUGAUCAUUAUACAGAAUUUAACUCAAAUAUACAGUAUAUCAAAGUUCCAUUUAUAGAAGUACUCGAUCUAAUAUCACAACGAUUAAUUUAUAUUCAUUUAUCAUACGGUUAUGUACCAAUUACAAAAGCUAAAUGGAUACUAAUUUGGUUAUUUCGAAAACAUUUACAAUUUAAUCGAAAAAAUAUUGAACAAUUUCAUAUAAUUAUUAAAAAUGAUCCAAGAUUAAUUUUAUUAAAACAAAAAUUAAAACAAAAAUUUUAUAAUAAAAUAAAUUCUAAAACAUUAUCAUCAAUAAAUAUGCAUUCAAUACACUUAGUUAAUACUAUGAAAUUUUUUGAUGAACAAUUUAUUAAUUUAUAUCCGCCAUGUAUGAAACAUCUACAUGAAGCUUUAGUUCGAAAACAUCGUUUAACAAAUUAUUCAAGAGUUGUUUAUACAUUAUAUUUAAAAGAAAUUGGAGUACCAUUAGAACGGUGUAUAGAAUUAUUUGAAAAAGAAUAUUCUACAACAAGUUGUCAUUCAAGUUGUAAUCAUUCAUGGCAUAAUGAUAGUAAACGUUACAAAUAUUCGAUUAGACAUUUAUACGGUUUAGAAGGAAGUAAAAUUAAUUAUUCAUCUCAUCGAUGUCGCACUAUUCAAGAUGAUUCAUCACGUACUACUCGAGAUGAAUUAGCUUGUCCAUUAAUUCAUUUUCAAACACAAAAUGAGUUAAAUCAACUUAUGUCGAAUGAAUUUACAGAUGAUAUUUUUAAAUUAAGAUCGACAACAUCUCCAUCAACUAUAUGUUGUAUAUAUCAACAAAAACUACAAAAAAAAUUUCUUUCUGAACAUGAAACUAAACAAACAUCGUCAUCAUCAUCAUCAUCAUCAUCAAUAACAAAUGAUUUUGAUAUAAACAAAAAUACAAUUCUUCGUCCAUCCGACUUUUUUCGAAAUCUUUAUCAAUGCCAUAUUGAUCAAGUUAAAAAAUAA